CUUGAUAGGCUUAUCUCUGGUCAAUAAUAAAAAAACACUUCCUGGUUCCUACAGCUGAUGGUCCUGCUGGCUUCGGGUCUGACAGUUGCCAGAGCUUGAUGAUUGUGCGGCAGUUCACCUGUAGAGCCAUAAUAAACCCUCACCUGCAUGCCCACCUGAGGAAACCCUGGGGCUGUCGAGACAUGGCCAGACCCAGUUCAGACUUGGCAGCUUUCAGGGAGAUUUUCUCCAGAGCCAAGAAAAUAGCCAUCAUCACCGGAGCUGGGGUGAGUGCUGAGAGUGGAGUCCCCACCUUCAGAGGAGCAGGAGGCUACUGGAGGAAAUGGCAAGCACAAGAACUUGCCGCUCCGGAGGCCUUCUCCAGGAACCCCUCUCGUGUUUGGGAGUUUUAUCACUACCGCCGCGAGGUCAUGCUCACAAAGAUUCCCAACCCCGCCCACCUAGCCAUCGCUGAGUGCGAGGAUCGGCUCUCCAAACAGGGGCGCCAGGUCACCGUCAUCACUCAGAACAUCGAUGAGCUCCAUCGCCGCGCUGGAUCCAAAAACAUCCUGGAAAUCCACGGAAGUCUGUUUAGAACUCGCUGCAUGAGCUGUGGUCAUGAAGCAGCCAAUUACAACAGCCCAAUAUGUGCUGCUCUGGAGGGUAAAGGAGCUCCAGACCCAGACACGCAUGACGCCCAGAUCCCUGUUCAGCAGCUGCCCAGGUGUGAGCAGACGAGCUGCCACGGGCUCCUGAGACCAGCUGUGGUUUGGUUUGGAGAGACUCUGGACUCCGACAUCCUCACCAACGCAGAGAAAGUGCUGGACAGCUGUGACCUCUGCCUUGUGGUUGGUACGUCAUCAGUUGUGUAUCCAGCCGCCAUGUUUGCUCCUCAGGUGGCAGCGAGAGGCGUACCUGUGGCCGAAUUCAACAUGGAGGACACUCCGGCCACCAUGCGCUUCAAGUUCCACUUCCAUGGCCCCUGUGGGACCACGUUACCAGCCGCACUGGCUCGCCACGACACCGAACAAAACAUAGAAUGAGUGGAACUGUACACAGAGAAGAGUGUGUAACACUGGAGGAUUUCACUGCUACAAAUACCAUAAAUAACGGGUUAAAUAUAAUGAGAACACAACAUGGAUGACGUGGAGAUGGACAAAGGGGUUCAUGAAAAAUAAGACGAGGUCAAAAAAGGGAAACUUUGAUUUAAGAGGUACAAUGAAGAACAGAUAUGAUUAUAUCAUAGUUACAUAUACAGAAGUUUCACAGAAGUUUCAAGUUGAUGGCGUGGCUUCUGCAUCUCCAUAGUUUCUUUUUUCUUCAGGGUAUGAUGAGAAAAACUAAUUUAAUCGCUGUUAAAGGGUUUUUUUCUUUAUUUUAAAAAAUACUACAUUGCAGCAAACAUUGUUUUACUAAAGUGCCAAAUCACACUAAUCAUGUAUACUCUGGAUUUGUAAGAGCUGUAACUGUUAAAUUUAAUUGUUAAAUGAUUACCUGAAGCAGCUGAAAAAGACACUAAAGCAGCUGAAAAGCCUCUAAUAAAACACCACAGGCUUAAGACUGAACUCUAUCACUCCUUUUGCACUAAAUGAAUACUGAAUGUCAGACAGUAGGGGGCAGUGUUGAGCUGCUGCUGCUACCUUCCAGUUCAGAGGGAAAAAAAACAAAGAUCCUUUCCAGAGGACGUGUGGGCUCUGCCUGGGAUGUGUGGUGUGUUUGUGUCAAUUCAGUGUUUGUCUGACUUUAUGGGCCGUGAUGAAUACUGAGGGAUGAUGCCUUCCAGUGGCCACGAGUCCGCUCCAGUUAAACCAGUUAAACCAGUGACUGUGCAUGCUCUCGGCCAGUCAUGGGGAAAGGUUUUGUCACAUGUAUGCUAACGUGAUUGUAACAUCUUAUUAACAUGACAUAAAUGAAUCAUAUAAACUGAA